CACAAUCACAUUCUGAACUGUCCUUAAAUUUCCACUUGAAAAUCAUACGUAAUUACCUAUUAUACUUAUUGUGGCUUAUCGUCGGUAAAAUAUGAGUGUGUACGACGAUAUCACUACAGCGGUAAUAUCCAUAACAUCGAACAUCACCUAAUAAUAAUUAUAUAUUAUAAAUAAUGACAUCGCAGCAUAAAAAAGUGGCCAUUGUCGGUGCGGGUAUUAUCGGUGUAAAUUCAGUGUUGGAAGUUCAGAGAAGAUAUCCGAAUUACGACUUGACUCUGAUUGCGGACAAGUUCAAUGAAGAGACGCUCAGUGAUGGCGCAGCCGGACUGUUGCGGCCUGACACGUACGUUUUCGGACCCAGUCUCGAAAUCUCUCAGCAAUGGGUUGACGACUCUUAUAGUUUUUAUAAAAAUCUAUUAAAAAAUAGGUAUGAAUUAUGCGGCAUAAAUGAAGUUUCUGGUUACAUGUUUUCGACUAAGAAUCCAGAUAUUAUAAAAAACCAUUACAUGAAAAAUUGUUCACCAGACUUCAGAGAAGCUACCGAUGAGGAAUUAAAAGCGCAUUCGUCUGUUGAAAAUCAACUUAAAAUCAACUAUGGUAGUUUCUUUACGUCGAUAGUCAUUGAAUGUAAACUGUUCUUACCAUGGGCUUUGAAAAAAAUAAGUAAUAGUGGUGUAACCAUUAUUAAACGGAAAAUCGAAUCACUCGAAGAAUUGUGUGGUGAAUAUGAUAUUAUUUUUAACUGCACUGGGCUUAGAGCCGGAAAAUUGUGUAAUGAUGUGAAUGUUUUACCUAUUCGUGGGCAAGUAAUUCGGGUUAAAGCUCCUUGGGUUGACAAAUUUUACUAUUGGGAUUCCGAUACCUAUAUAAUUCCAUCUAUAAGCGAUGGGACUGUUGUACUAGGUGGAUGUAGACAUUUUGGCAGUCAUAACGAGCAGGUGAAUGAACGCAACACAGAAGAAAUAAUAGAAAAAUGUACAACAUUAUUACCAUCAUUGAAAGAAGCAUUAAAAACGGACUACAAGGUUUGGGUUGGUCUUAGACCUUAUAGGAACAAAAUACGAGUAGAAACUGAACAUAUAAAUGAUACUGUGAUUGUACACAAUUACGGUCACGGAGGAUAUGGAAUAACAUUAGCGCCCGGAACAGUGAAAUAUGCAGUUGAUUUAUUAAAUUCAGUUAACAAUUGAUUUAACAACAUUGAACGUAUAUACAACGUAAUGGAAUUACGUAUUUGACUAUAGUAGUAUUAUAUUAGUAACGAUACACUUAAUAUAAGUCUCAUACCUAAUAUAAUAAUAACCAUUAUGUAAUUAUUUCGAUUAGUUUAAUGGUUUGAUUUAAUUUCAGUUAUAUAUUCUUGAACUUAAUUAAAACAUAUUUUAUUUAUUA